GGCCAGGCUAGCAGUCCGAUGAGCUCCAGCGUGGCCACAGCUGUGCCUGCCACUGUGACUGCCUCCAGGAAGGAGUCUCCAGGCAGGUGGGGCCUGGGGGAGGAUCCAACAGGCGUGGGCCCCUCACUCCAGUGCCGUGUAUGUGGGGACAGCAGCAGCGGGAAGCACUAUGGCAUCUAUGCCUGCAAUGGCUGCAGCGGCUUUUUCAAGAGAAGCGUGAGGCGGAGGCUCAUCUACAGGUGUCAAGUUGGGGCAGGAAUGUGCCCUGUGGACAAGGCCCAUCGCAACCAAUGCCAGGCCUGCCGAUUGAAGAAGUGCUUGCAAGCGGGCAUGAACCAGGAUGCCGUGCAGAACGAGCGCCAGCCCCGAAGCACGGCCCAGAUUCGGCUGGACAGUGUGGAGUCAGAUGGUGAGCCCCGCCUCCAGGCCCUGGUGGUGUCUCCAGCCCAGGCAGGGCCCAGCCCACAGGGCUCCACACCUGCAUCCACAGCCAGAGGCCUGGGCCACCACUUCAUGGCCAGCCUCAUAACGGCCGAAUCCUGUGCCAAACUGGAGCCAGAGGAUGCUGAUGAGAAUAUUGAUGUCACCAGCAACGAUCCUGAGUUCCCCUCAUCCCUCUGUAGCCUGGACAAUAUCCAUGAGACAUCAGCUCGCCUGCUCUUCAUGGCUGUCAAGUGGGCCAAAAACCUGCCCGUGUUCUCCAACCUGCCCUUCCGGGAUCAGGUGAUCCUGCUGGAAGAAGCAUGGAGUGAACUCUUCCUCCUUGGAGCCAUACAGUGGUCUCUGCCCCUGGAGAGCUGUCCACUGCUGGCCCCACCAGAGGCUUCUGCCACCAGCAGCUCUCAGGGCCGGUUUGCACUGGCCAGCAUGGAGACACGCUUCCUGCAGGAAACCAUCUCCCGGUUCCGGGCAUUGGUGGUGGACCCCACGGAGUUUGCUUGUAUGAAGGCCCUGGUCCUCUUCAAACCAGAGACACGGGGCCUAAAGGAUCCUGAGCACGUGGAGGCCUUGCAGGACCAGUCCCAAGUGAUGCUGAGCCAACACAGCAAGGCCCACUACCCCAGCCAGCCCGUGAGGUUUGGGAAACUGCUCCUACUCCUCCCGUCUUUGAGGUUCAUCACCUCUGAACGCAUUGAGCUCCUCUUCUUCCGCAAGACCGUAGGGAAUACGCCAAUGGAGAAGCUCCUUUGUGAUAUGUUCAAAAACUAG